CCUCAACAUCUUCUCUCUGUCCACAGCCAUUGACUGCAGCAUUCGAUCGAUUUAUACGUUCUAUCCUGAACGAAUACCUCCUCCUUCUCUUCGUAUCAUAUAUCCUUCCUUCAUAAGCUUCUUCUACCACAAAUUACUUAGAACGGGGUACCUCUCUAGGCUAAUCCCCGUGACGUCACCGUACGCAUACCAACGGCGCAACUCAAGACAGCUGAAACCAUAGCCAUAACCAUAACCUGCAGCGCCCUUCAGGUCCUCCCCAUCCCAUCUCAUUCCUAUAAUCCAUUCCUCCCGCCCAUCCCGUUACCGACAAUCAAACAUCAAUUGCGCUCAAUUGUCUCACCAUACCAUCUCCCAACCAAGUCCCUCCUAUCCUAUCCAUCGCAACCACAUUGUCGCAACCAACAAUGGCCUUCCUCCUCAGCCGCACAACCACCACUCUUCUAGGCACCGGCCUCGGUGUCGGCCUCUCCCUCUCCCUCUACCCACUCUCCCCCUUCCGCGCACCCCCAAUGCAAUGCCAAUACACCGCCCCCUACUACCGCCCCGAAUCCCAGACCUCCCCGGACUCCGGCUGGGCCAUGGACGCUCAGGACCCGUUGCUGCGCAAACAAGGCACCACCAGAAACUCAAACCAUACUACAGGCGGUGGGAUUCUGACAGCCUCGAACAUGCGCCAGGUGAGUCUGGGGAGCGUGCUGGGGUUGGUUGUGGGUGUGGGGUUGAGGGCCUUUUCAAGAGUGUUGGUGGUGCUUUUGGGGAUGGGGAUUGUUGCUGUUGAGUGGGCUGCGGCAAGAGGAUACAAUUUGCUUCCGGUCAACACUCUGCAGAAGUACUUCAAGCGGGUGGAUCUGCAAAAGACAGUGUCGCAUCAUAUUCCCUUCAAGAUCAGUUUUGGGGCUACGAUGGGGUUGGCUGCGUUUGCGCAGUUUUAGGCGAGCUAAGCUGAGAUAUACAAUACGAUCUGAUAUGGUGGAAUCAUAUCCCGAAGAAGAGUCUAUGUAUCUUGUCUAGCGAAUGAAAAAACACCGGGCUUACUAUUCUUCAAUUGCUG